GUGACAUUAUUUUUUGAGCAUCAGUUGCUUGCACAUUUUGUUUGCAAUGAACAUAACUUCGUCCUGGUGCGGACUAAUUGUAAUUUUGUUGUUACGCUGUGUGAUAAUUAAGGGGAUAAUAUUGAAUAGAUGUGAGUUUGGGUAUCAACUUAGAGACAAUGGAAUAGUGCCCAACCAAUGGGAGAAUGAAAUGACCAAAUGGCUCUGCAUCGUACGCUAUUUUACUGGAUUUAACACAUCGUACGAAAAUCAGGAUUCGCUUCCCUUAAGAACAUAUGGGAUUUUAAAGAUCUCAAACCACUGGUGUGAAGAUGAAUAUAAUACAGCCAAUCAAUGCAGUGUAGCUUGUUCUGAGUUGCAAACUGGAGAUGUCACAGCGACGGCAAAAUGUGCCAGUCUCAUUUUUCAAGCUAACGGAAAUUCGUUUUUGCCAUGGUCUCCAGCAUACCAGGAGCAUUGCAUGAAUACCGAUACCAUGAACUACACCAGUGAUUGCAGAGGGUGAUGAUGAUCUUAUAACUACUACGACUCGCUCACCUGAGGAUGUUAUAGAUAUCGCGAAUCACGAUUUAGCGAAGUUCAAUUAGGUCAUAAUGGAACUUACACUUGUCACGCUGAAAAGGGUGAUUGGCCUGAUACAGUGUCUCAGACUUAUCCAUUUCAAUUGAUUGUCACUCCGUUGACAUCGACAACCACAGAUAGCAGUAAUACUGAGGGUACCUCAAAUCCAAGUGAGUCUACGUUAGAGCCUACAACGGACUCUCCUACUUCUAGCCCACCAACUACAGCAGAAAGUUCUGAUACUGCGACCUCAAGUACACCAGCUACAACGGGAAACUCUGAUUCUCCUACUUCCAGGUUUACAACGACUACGGAAAGAUCUGAUUCUUCGACGCCAAGUCUAACAACUACUACGGGGAGUUCUGAAACAACCCAGGAAACUUCAAGCCAGACACUGAGUACUUCAACAUCUGAUCCGUUGGGUCCUGAGCCUAGUUUAAAGCAAGCAUUGAUUAUCGGGGGGAGUCUCACAUUAAGUUUGUUAGGACUUUUGGCAAUUACUGCAAUGCAUUUGAUUUACAAAAGACGAGGAAAGGUUUGAAAUAUUUAUAAUUCGCGUUAAAAUUAUUUUAUUUAACGAUUGUAAUUCCUAGAGGAUCCGGAAGCUAUAUCAGCAAUUUCAAAAGAAUCAACAGAAUUAGGCCAAAGUAGCGAUAUAAUCAGUUCCUUUAAGCCUGAUGACGUUCCGUAUUUGAAUCGUUCGGAAUAUUACCCGUAUCAGGACGCCAUAAGUCUUCCAUUUCCAACAGAACUUGAAAUUUUGCCGCAUCGGUUGGAAAUAAUGGAGUCUGCGGUCUUAGGAAGCGGCGCUUUUGGCAUUGUUUUCCAAGGAAGGCUUGACAAUACAAUUACCAUCGCUGUGAAAACUGUUCCCAAGGAUGGACAGGAGUCUAAAUUAGCUGCUUUGUUAUCGGAAGUUAAAACAAUGAAUUUUGUUGGACGACAUCCAAACAUUGUCCAACUACUGGGGGUACAGUUCACAGAUUUGAAGAAAGGCAUUUUAUAUGUUGCGGUGGAAUUCUGUUCCCGUGGAUCGCUGGAGGGCGUACUUCGCGCAAAACGCCGUAGAUUGGCAAUGGUCCGUUCAUACCCUGGAAAAAUUUAUAAUAUUCCCGGUUACAUUGGGUUAAGAUCCAUCGAAAAACCUUUUGAAUUAUAUCAAUUGCUAAGGUCUUCUCAUCAAGUUGGUUGCGCCAUGGAAUUUCUUGCAUCAAAAAGGAUAAUCCAUGGUGAUCUUGCUGCAAGGAAUGUGCUGUUGGACGCUAAUUUAAACGCUAAGAUAUCGGAUUUUGGUCUUUCCAGGCAGAUGUAUGACACGUACAAAAAAUACGUUGUUGCAAAGGAUACUGCGAUGCCUUGGAGAUGGUGUGCGAUAGAAAUUUUAAAGUAUCGAAAAUUCUCCACCGAGUCUGACAUUUGGGCUUUCGGAGUUUUCAUGUGGGAGGUUUUCAGUCUGGCGGAAAUUCCUUACACAGCGGGAAUGAUUUGUGGACCUGAGUUCGUGAGAUAUUUGGAAAGUGGGUCUCGUCUUGAAAUUCCUCCGUAUGGAAAUCAAGAGAUAUACCAACUGAUGAAGAAAUGCUGGGAGAGACAUCCGUCAAAUAGGAUAAGCUUCCAACAACUUGCAAUGCAUAUUUUGACUUUGCUACAGGCUGAAUAUAAAAAGAAAUAUUGAAGUAAUUUAUGUAUGGUCAGCGUGUUACAUACAUACCAUUUCUCUGCUUUGGUAAGUGUACAGUUUUGUUGGGUGGAGUGACCGUUAAAAUGACAUUACCUACUGCUUAUUUUGCCAAUUUCAAAUGUAAAAUUUGAUGUAGAAUAUUAAUUGUAUAUUG